UGCGUCAGUGUUAAGUGUCUCAAAGCAUUUCUCUGUCUUCGAUUCUGUCCGGUUUUUCGACUAUCGGAUUUCGCAGAGUUUUCUCCUGUCUUGCAGUGAAUCUUUGUUGCAUUUUCCUUUUUGAUUACUUAUCUACGAUUUCUGGAGAUACCCAUAUCCAGCCAUGUACAAGUACAAUAGAACUAAGAAGACCAAGAUCGACUAUGCCCAGUUUAGAACGGAGGUUUCCAAACGAAGAAGAUCAGCCGCCACGCGGGAACUAACGAAAAUAGCCUACUCGGCCCCGCACAGUAUUAUCUCCCUGGCGGAGGGUAUGCCGAACGAAGAAACCUUCCCGUUCAGCGAGAUCUCGAUAAAGCUGGUCGACGGCUCCGACUUCGUCUUGGAAGGCGAGGACCUGGCUGCCUCGCUCCAGUACAUCCCAAGUCAGGGUUACCCACCUCUGCUGCAGGCUAUACGAGAGUUUCAAAGGAAAGCCCAUUCGCCGCCUAUGUGGGAGAACCGCGAAGUGGUUAUUGUCGCGGGUGGCCAGGACGGGCUGAGCAAGGCUCUAGAGGCCAUCAUCGGGCCCAGCGAUCCCAUCCUGGUGCAGAAUCCAUUCUAUCCUGGUGCCAGCGUUGUCAUUGCCCCGCACGAGGCGGAACUCAUUCCGAUAGAGCAGGACGAGUUGGGCUUGAUUCCACAGUGCCUUCGCGAGCGUCUGAAGGAGCGCAAGGCUUCCGGCCUCAAGAUGCCCAAGCUCAUGUACAUCAACGCCACCGGCGCCAAUCCCACGGGCACCGUGAUGCCACUCGAGCGCAGACACGAGAUCUACAGGCUCGCUUGCGAGUACAAUUUCCUCAUCCUCGACGACGAUCCUUAUCACUUCAUGUACUUCACGGACGAAGCGCCAACAUCUUUCCUGGCCCUCGACACGGAGAGCCGCGUCAUAAGGGUGGACUCGUUCUCGAAGGUCUUGAGCAGUGGCUUGAGGAUCGGUGUGAUUACGGCGGCCAAACCCUUGGUCGCUACCAUCGAGCUCCACAUGCAGAGCAGCCACUUGCACGCGCCCACUUUGUCACAGGUGAUACUGUACAAACUGUUGCAAAUUUGGGGAUUCGACAAAAUGAUGGAUCACUUCCGUAAAAUAAGAGUCUUCUACAAGGAGCGACGUGAUCUCAUCGCCAAAUUGGCAGCGCAUCAUUUGCAAGGCAUAGCUGAAUUUUCGGUACCAAGUGCCGGAUUCUUCCUGUGGAUCAAAGUACCUGGAGUACAGGAUACCUGGAAAAUGGUCAUGCAGCGAGGAAUCGCUCACGGAGUCCUAGUUGCACCGGGAGCUGCCUUCAUGGCUGAUCCGUCCGAGCCUUGCAACGCCAUCAGGGCGAGCUUUGCUAAAGCCACGUACAAAGAAAUGAAUUUGGCAAUGGAACGCUUGUCGUUGUUGAUAAAAGAUGAAUUGUCGCGGAGUAAAUCAAUUUUACCCGGUAACACGUGAAAUUCGGGAUGGUGGAGAAUACACUGAAGGGGUGAAACUUUUCAUCGACGUGCACCAUCCAGCUGUGGGUAAAAUAAACGCAACUUCGGCAAACUAUAGCUACAGUAGGUUUCUAGAAUCCUACAGUUCGACCUAUAUAUUUUGGUGCAGUGCAGCGCACCAUCGCAGCCGUCGAUAAUAUACAUCAGAGGAUAUGCCUUACCGACGUAUCUAUCGCCACUUGACAAUGACGACGACCGUAUUUUUGCCAAAAUUACGUUUUGUAUCAUUUGUAAUUAAGUAGAUUAGAGCACGUGCAAGCGCUUUUUCUUGAUUCAUAGGUUGAAUUCUCCUGUCAACUGUUGCACAAAUAAUUUCGAGAACCUAGUGUGUUAUUUAAUAAAUAAUUGAAUAAAAUAAUUUCGGAUUUUUAUUUAACAA